AGUCAUAGUAUUCAUUCACAUUCAAACCUUCACCUCGAAGCCAUCACCAAACCAAACUCAUAAACAAUUGCUUCUCCCUCACACUUUCUCUCACGUUCGGUCGGUAUUGCUAUAAACCAAAUCACAGUGUCGUUUUUAGUUAGUUAGUUAGUUACUUUUUCACACUCCUAAUUUUCCUCUAAUUAUCUUAAUCCAUUAAUUAACGAUAACACUAAUGGGGAACUGUUUCGUUAAGUCGGAGAAAUUAACGGCGGAGAUUGUACCUCGCGACGGCGCCAAAGUCUAUCCAACCGUCCGUUUAUACGGUUCACCAAAAAGCAUUCUCGCAGCUUACAUUCGUUUCGCGCUUCUUCACAAAUCCGUUUCAUUGGAUUUCGUUCCCUCCGAUGAAGCUCCGGCGAACGGUGUUCGGAGAGCCGACGUCGACGGAGAUGUCACUCUUCAGGUUGGAUCGGAAGUUGUUACCGGCUCACGCGAGACGUUGUUGCGGUUCAUUGACGCGCGAUUUCCGAGUCCGGUGGUUGUUGGUGGUGGUGGUACGGAGGAGGAAAAGGUGCCGGUGAUGGUGACGAUGAUGAGGCUGCAGCAUAAGAGUAUGUUGUGGCAUGUGGAGAGGGUUUUGAGGUGGGCGGAGGAUCUUGUGACACGUGGAGGGAAGAAGGCUGUUGAUCCUUCGAUUGGAACGCCGAGGAUGGAGAUAAGGAAAUUCGCUACGAGCUAUUCGGCGUUGUUGGAAGUUAUGAUGGAACAUGCUCGAAUGGAAGAGACUGUUCUCUUUCCGUUCUUUGAUAUUGCUGAUAGAGGGCUCACUAAAGCUGCAAAGGAGGAACAUGCUAGGGACUUGCCUCUCAUGAAUGGCAUCAAAGAAAUUAUUAAAUCGGUUGGUGUUUUGGACUCGGGGAGCCCGGAUUCUCGAGAGGCCUUGAACAAUCUUUCUGCCCGCCUCAAGUUAUUGCAAGGGCAAACUAAACAACAUUUUAAGGAAGAGGAAGUGGAAUUACUUCCAUUAAUGGAGGCAUUGGAGUUAAGCAAAGAGCAAGAGGAGAAUGCAUUAGAUCAAUGCUUUGAUGUGAUGCUUGAAACACAUGGUCGAUUACUAAAGUUUUUUCUUGAAGGGCUUCAACCUCGUGAUGCUAUGAAGUAUUUGGAUUUUAUUAGCAUGUGUAGGAACAAAGAGAAAAUGGAAUCAAUGCUCAUGAUGAUACUUAAGUGAAAACCUUAGUUGUAAGUUCAAUCAUUAUACACAUGGGUGAGCUGUGAAGCUUGCUUUGUCUAUAGAUGUAAAAUGGUUUUUGUGUUUUGGUCUGUUUUUCUAGAGGAAGCACCCAACACUGCACAUGUGUAGACUUUCAUACUUUAGCUUUUGUUGUGGUCCGAUGCAUUCUUCUUGAACCUCCUAUCUAUGUAGCACCCGAUACGACACUUUACAAAAAUAAGUCGAGUGUCCAACACAACAUAUACACAAAUUUCAUUAUCUAAUCGUAAAUUAUUACAUGUCAAA